AUGACAGCUGCUUAUGUGCCUCAGGAUCUACCAGGAUCAGUCACCGCCACAAAUCUAGUCCCCGGCCAACUCGUCCACGAUCCGCCUGAACCCGUACCUCUCCUGUCCAGUCUUCUGAGUUCCAGAAUACAUCGUCGCUCAGGCUCAACGGCGACUACGGACACCAACUUUGCAACCCAACAAUUUCCCAAGCAGGCUGGCCUGAGUCGUCGCGGGUCUAUUUUCAGAAAGCUGGCGGGUCCCCGGGAAAACGCAAAGCGCCUUCUCCGCUUUGGGACAGCCCAAUCUCCGACGCCAUCGCUUCAGGAUCGCCCAAUGGCUCGCCAACGUCGUCAUCGCCCGCUCUCUGAGAUUAUCGGUUCCCCAGACGAUGCAAACAUGCUUGCCGCCACCUCUUUCCAGCCGGGCAGAAUGCGCUCUCAUUCUUCCUCGAAUUCCUCUAUAAUCGCUCGAGGUGCUUCACCAGGACGCAUCCCAGAGUCCGCCCCAUUUCCGCAAUUGCCCAAUGAAAAGACCGUCGCGACAGGGAGCGGGAUCACUGUUGGUAUUGCGCUCACCGAACCGGUACUGUUCCUUCAAGGCUACGAUCAGAAUGAUCCCACAACGAAGAAAUCUGCUAUCUUGCGAGGGCAGUUGCAUUUGAAAGUCACAAAAAGUGUGAAGAUUAAGAAAAUCUCAAUAUGUUUCAGAGGGCAGGCACAGACCGACUGGCCUGAUGGUAUCCCGCCCAAGAAGAUUCAUUUCCACGAUAAGAAAGACCUGGUAACUCACGGGGUGGUUUACUUCAACCAUGGCGACACGGCGCUUAUGCAAAACGAUUAUGGAGCCCACUUUUACCAACACGCGAAACCUGUCACCUCGCUAGUAAAGGAUGGCUCGACAACUGUCACCCGAGAAAUCUUUACUAAGAGCGGUUCUGCGACCUCGCUCAGCCCCGGCCCAACGCCCAGAGAAUUAAAGCGUCUCUCAUUGCAGUCGAACAACUCGCGCAGUUUCGGGAGGGGUGAUACGCCCCCACCCGGGCCGCCCCAACCCCAGCGCAAUUACAGACUAUUUCCAGUUGGCGAUUAUCUGUACAGCUUUGAAUUCCCCAUCGACGGGUCACUACCCGAGACAAUCAAGACGGAGCUCGGUUUUGUGAAAUAUGAUUUGGAAGCGAUCGUGGAACGAGCAGGGGCUUUCCGCCCCAAUCUACUGGGUACGCUGGAAGUACCCGUCAUUCGCACGCCGGCAGAAGGCUCGCUUGAACAAGUAGAGCCUAUCGCCAUCUCUCGUAAUUGGGAGGACCAGCUGCACUAUGACAUUGUCAUAUCAGGGAAAUCAUUUCCCUUGGGCUCCCAAAUCCCAAUCGCCUUCAAACUCACCCCGCUGGCCAAAGUGGAAUGCCAUCGGAUCAAAGUUUACGUGACGGAAAAUAUACAACAUUGGACUGCAGACAAGAGCGUGCAUCGAUUCCAGCCUGCAAAGAAGGUCUUGUUGUUCGAAAAGCGAGCCGACCAGCUCAGCACCAGCACGUACCCCGGCAGUUCAAUGCGAGUUAUGGCUGGCGGCGGCAUCGAAUGGGAUCGACGCGCCGCUGCUGCGAGAGGAGAAGAAAUCGUGGACCGGGGUCGGACGAACCUGCUUGGGAACCUUAGCAGCGAGUCAGGUGUCGGUCCAACUGAAAUGGAAUUCAACGUUCAACUUCCAAGCUGUCACGAGAUGAAGAACCGGGAUGAAUCCCAGCGCCUGCAUUUUGAUACGACGUACGAUAAUAUCCAGAUCAAUCACUGGAUCAAGAUCGUCCUUCGCCUAUCCAAACAAGAUGAGCGCGACCCUGGGAAACGACGACACUUCGAAAUCUCCAUCGACUCCCCAUUCCAUCUUCUCUCCUGCAAAGCAACACAAGCGAAUAUCUUCCUUCCGGCAUAUACCUCGCCGGACUCGGAGCCAGCGACACCUGGACCCGAAUUCGAAUGCGGUUGUGCUGGAGCACCCCAACUUCGUCGAAAUCCUUCCGGUACCCCAUCAAGCUCGGACCGAGAUGAAGCGCCGGCUGCCGUUUCUAGGAGUUUCACAAGUGGCUCCGGGGGUCUGGCUCGGCCACCAGCGGCCCAUCUGGCUUCAGAACAUGACGGGCGAGCGAGCGAACGGUCACAGGCGCCCCGGCCGAUGCACCUCCUUCGUGCCCCAUCGUUCGCGCCGCCUGCUUUCGACGACGUUCCUCCUCCGCCACCACUUAUAACACCUCCACCUGAGUACACCACUAUCGUUGGAAACAAUGACCGCGAUGCGGUCCUCGAAGACUACUUCUCACGCCUGUCCUGCUACGAGGAACGGGUAGACGAGGAACGAGGUUCCGGACGAGUCGACGUGCCGCUGACCCCAGGCGCGCGGGUAAACCGCAGUAUGGACGUUCCCCGUGAGUGGGUGCGUAUCGACCAAACGACUCCUUGA